UUGGCUCUUGGCCAGUACCCAGAGGAGCACUUCAACGAGAUACCACCCUGCACGAUGAUUCAGAAAUUCCAGACGGAGCUGAAGGUCUUCAGCGAGACCGUCAAUGCCAGAAACUCUGGACUACCAGUGCCAUACACCUACAUGGACCCUGCUUUGGUGGAGAACAGCGUGGCCAUUUAGAUAAGCCAAAGUCCUAGACCAGGGUCCAGUUCAUUAGGAACUAAUUGGAAGAAAACUGAGGAACUACCUUAUUUUUGUUGUCCUUUGUUUAGCGCUUAAAAACAUUUCGCAUUGCGCCCUGAUGAACACGACCCAAUGAUUCUGGAGGCAUGCAAUUGUAAACAUUCUAAAAUCUACAAAAUGUAUUGAGUAUGUCAAUUUUUGGAGCUUUGCUAAACUAAUGUCCCACUUCAAUCAGAUAAAGGGAAAUUGCACUAUGGGUUCAGUCAGAAUGUUAUUGCUGUAUCACGAGUGUUAACUGUGUUAAACCAACACCCACCGCCACAUGGUGUCCCCCUCACAGGCAAAGAACUUGUUGAUGUUAUUAUUACAUUUGUAUGUGUUAAUAUCUGUUAAUAAAUACAGUGUCUUUCUUACAGAUUCAUUUCUGGUGUCAUAUAACUACGGACUACAGGGACUCCUGGUGAAAAUGAGUUCUCCUGCUAAAUGACGUGACACUGAAAUGUUGAUUAAUAGUAAAGAAGUGUCAGAAUAAUAUGAGAGAACAAUAGGUGUGACUCUCAUUUUCAAUUAAAAGCUAAUAAUUUUCUAUCUCCAGUCUUCUUGUGAUAUUUGCCACAUCUCAUUUUGGUUGAAGCCUUGUCUACCUCAUGUAUUAAUUAAAAAUACAUGUAUAAAAUGA